AUGGCUACCGCCCCAAUCGUUCAUUUAAUGGUUGUGGAACUGAGCGUAGAGGAAAAUGAUGCUGUCACAGAGUGCAUGCGAUCGCUGAACAUAGCACCUCUGAAGGAAAACUCCGAUACAGUACUCGACGGCAAAGACAAGAAAUUCAUAGCUCUUCGAUAUAGCAAACCUACAACUUUACCGGUUCCAACUACAGUCCUUUUGAUCCCUACUGCCAUUACAUCCAACAAUCCCACCAUCGAGAAACAAGCGCUCACUCUUGGCACAUGCAUCUAUUUAACCAAGAAUGCAUCUAUUUAA